AUGAGCAACAUGAAUAUACUUGCGUAUAUUUUGAUAUGUCCCUUUAACUUAAUAUAUAUAUUUGACCUUCCUUCAUAUAUACCUGAGUUAAAUAAAAAGCUUGAGAAGGACGAGGUGUUUAUAUAUGGAAAAGAUAUAAGAAAGAAUGAAUCUGUAUAUUCUUUACAUUAUGAGAAAUAUUUAUAUGAACUGUCCAGAAGAUAUUAUGACAUAAUAUUAAAAUAUAAUAAAAAGCUCGGGGUGAACCAAGAAAAAGAGUAUAAUUUAAUUAUGAGUAGAGCGAUAGAUGAAAAGAAAAAAAAAAAUACUACACAAGGGGAAUAUAAUAAUGAUGAUGAUAAUAAUAAUGAUGAUGAUAAUAAUAAUGAUGAUGAUAAUAAUAAUGAUGAUAAUAAUAAUAAUGAUGAUAAUAAUAAUAAUAAUUAUUAUUAUAAUUAUAAUUAUGAUAGUAAUUGGAAAUUAUACCAAAUAUAUGAAAAGGAAGAACCCAGAUCAUACGAAUUAAUACGUGUUGAGAUUUACAAAAAAGAAAUUUUUUUAAUUUAUAAAAAUGAAAAAACCAAAUCAUCAAUAAAAUUUAUAAUAAAGAAAAGAAAAGAUAUAAAAAAUUAUUUGUCUUUAUGUUAUAAAAAUUGUAUAAAUAAAUUAGAUAAAAAUGAUUAUAAUAUUUUAAAAAGUACAAUAAAUAAUAGUAAAGAAAAUAUAAUUAAUAUUGCUUAUAUAUAUAUGUAUAUAAUAUUUUUCUUUUUAUGUAUUUAUGUAGAAAAAAAUUUAUUUUUAUACUUUCCUAUAUUAUUACAAAAGUAUGAAAUAUUAACAACAUUAUUUAUUUUAUUUAUUCCUUUAAUUCUUUUUGUUUUUUUUUAUUUUUAUUUUACUAUAAUCAAGCUCAUAAGUGCUUCUCUAGUUUUCUAUAUAACAUUUCAAUUAACUUAUUAUACUCAAGGUAUGUCUAUAUAUAUGGAACAUAACAUAUUGAAACAUACCCAAAAAGAAGAAGAGACGUAUGAUAAAAAAAAGGACAUAAUAAAUUCUGUUCAAGGUAAUAUGGAAAAUGAUUUAUGGUACAGCUCCAAAAAAAAUGUAGAUACAAAAAUGUAUUCAUCUUCAAAUAAACGAGAAGAAUAUAUUAUACACAAUACAUUAAAACAUUUUAGAUUAAUGAAUAUAUGUAUGACAUAUAUAUGUAUCUUUGCUGUUGAUUUUUAUUUCUUUCCAAAUCAUUUUUGUAAAUCCUAUUAUUAUGGAAAUACGUUAAUGGAUAUAGGGAUAGGUGCUUCUAUAAGCUCUAGUGCUUAUUCUCAAGAAAUAAAAAAGUUUACUUAUAUAAAAGAGAAGAAAAGAAUAAUGGAAUUUAAACAUUUAGUUUUAUUUAUUUUAGGAAUAUCCAGAUUUAUCGGAAUAUAUCUUUUUAAUUAUAAUUAUAAUAUAAGCGAAUAUGGAAUACACUGGAAUUUCUUUUUAACAUUAUGUAUUACAUUUCUUACAUCUAAUAUAUGUUUUAUUUUAUUAAAAAGGAUACGUUAUAUUUUUCUUUUUAGUAUAUUCUCUAUAACUCUUUAUGAAAUAGCCAUAUACUAUUUUGACUUACAUAAUUAUAUAUUAUUAAAAAAUAAUAGAUUAAAUUUCUUUUCAUCAAACAAAGAAGGAUUAUUUAAUAUUAUAGGUUCUGUUAAUUUGUAUUUAUUUUCUUUCUCAUUAUUUAAAUAUUUAACAAAACAAAAAACAUAUAUAACAACUUCCAACAUUCCAAAUAAUAUAAAGGAUAUGAAUAACUAUAUCUAUUCAAAGAACAAUAAACACACGGAUAUCAAUAUAAAUAAUAGGAAUCAUAAAAUUGUAAUUCGGAAUAAUCAUAUAAAUAAAUAUGAACAAGAUAACACAAAUAAGUUUAUUAAUAAACAAAUAAAUGAUAAUAAGAAUAAACUUGGAGAAGAAGAAAAAUUAAAAAAAUUAAAAAAAUUAAAAAAAUUAAAAAAAAAAAAAAAAAAUUUUAAAAAAAAAAUUAUAUAUUGUUUGUUAUACCUUCAAUAUAUAAUAAAUAUAUAUAAAGAAGAAUAUGAUACUAUUUAUUAUAAUAUAAAAUUAAUUAUAUCAUCUUUUAUUUUUUAUUUAUUACAUAUAAUUCUUAAUUUAUAUAAAAAUUAUAGUGUGCGUAUAUUAUGUAAUGCAAAUUAUAUAUUUUUAAUAACAUCAUUGAGUUUGUUUUCUUGUGCCUUGAGUUUUUCCUUAGAAGAUAUAUUAUUAAGAUAUAAAAAAAAUAAAAUAAAUAUUGAUAUAACAAUAUUGGAUAAGAUAAAUAAAAAUGCAUUGAUAGUUUUCCUUUUCUCGAAUAUACUUGUGGGCAUCUUCAAUAUUCUAUUUCAAACGUUAUUAUUACCUCUUAUAUUUGUAAUACCUAUAUUGGUAUUUUAUUCUUUCUUAAUUCUGGUCUUUACAAAAUGCUUACCACCUUCCAUACUCCGUUUAAAAAAAAAAACAUAUCAUGAGGAAAAGCAAAAAAAAGAAUGA